AUGGCCUCUCUAAUACACUACUUCAAGCGCACCUAUACAGCGCUCUUCAACCCACCCGUGGCCCUGAAACAGGACGACGCGCUCCGCUUUGGGAUACUCGGAGCUGCCAAAAUCGGACCCCAGGCCUUGAUCAUCCCCGCGAAAUCGCAUCCUGAAGUUAUUGUAGCCGCAGUCGCGGCCCGCGAUCCCAAGAAAGCCGAAGCGUAUGCCAAAAAGCAUGGCAUCCCCGUUGUGCACAAGACAUAUGACGAUCUCAUCGCCGAUCCGAGCAUCGACGUUAUCUACAAUCCACUCCCGAACGGGCUGCACUACGAGUGGACUCUCAAGGCAUUGAAAGCGGGUAAACACGUCCUUCUCGAGAAGCCUUCCGUCUCCAACGCCGAAGAGGCGAAGUCGCUUUUCCGCCAUCCUCUCCUAAGCAAGCCGGAUGCUCCGGUCUUGUUAGAAGCUUUCCACUAUCGCUUCCAUCCCGCCUGGCAGACCUUCCUUACCCUCUUCGAUCCGAAGGAUGUCGAGGAGGCUGAAGCAAGGAAUGCGGUCCUAGCUGGGUUGAUGCCAAGGAACGACAUCCGCUUCAUCUACUCGCUUUCCGGUGGCACGCUGAUGGAUUUCGGGGCCUACGCGGUGAGCAGCACGCGUGCCGUCUUCGCCGCGGAGCCGACAGCCAUCAAGUCUGCCACAUAUCGCCGUAUGCCUGACGGCUUCGACCAGCAGUGCGACGAGGCUAUCUAUGCGACCUACGAGUUCCCAAAUGGCGGCAUUGCGAAGAUAUUAGCAGAUUUGCGGAUGACUGGAGGGUAUUGGUUUCCAGCACUGACGAAGAAUUGGCCGAGCAUGCGGCCCCUGCUGCCUGAAACGACGGUCAAAUUGAAGGAAAAGAAUGAAGGGACUGAGAAGGGCCUUGAUAAGUGGAUACAGAAGACUAUCGUGUUCCACAAUUAUAUGGGCCCGCAUGCGUACCAUCGCAUCGAUAUUGUUACAACCACCCGGUUCAAGAGCCCGCAAGACGGAAGCGUCGUGAAGAUGGAGAAGGAGACCGAAUACAAGAAGGCGUACAAGUGGCCGACGAGCGGGGAGAGUAAGAAGGGAGAGGAAUGGUGGGGCACGUAUCGGUAUCAGCUCGAAGAAUUCGUGAAUCGUGUUAAGAAGAGGAAGGGAUCAGGUGUCUGGGUCGAGCCCGAGGAUUCGAUCCGGCAGAUGGAGGUGAUCGACGCGACAUAUUUGAAGACUGGCUUGCCGUUGCGGCCGACCAGCAACGCCCUGGAGGUGGCGAGUUAG